AUGUCCAACAAGCAGAAGAUUAUGAGUUCUAUACCUGGGCUAGCUUAUCCAUUAGCUAGAAAUAAAAUUAUAAAGACACCAUAUGGAUUUUUAAAAGGAAGAAUUCAGCAAGAUGGUGCCGAAGGACUUUGGAGGAUCAAGAAUGGUUUAUACGAUUUACAAACUUUUGCUAAAUCUCAUCCUGGUGGUGCUGAAUGGAUUACUCUUACCAAAGGCACUGACAUCACUGAAGCUUUUGAGGCACAUCAUUUAACAGACAAAGCUGAAAGAAUUUUACCUAAAUUUUAUGUCCGUGAUGCAACCACGCCGAGAUCAAUACCAUUGACUUUUGAACCUAAUGGUUUCUAUCGUACUUUCAAGAAACGUGCUUUAGAGGCUCUUAAGGACGUGGAUUUUCAUCGACCUUCGAAAAUGUCUAAUUGCAUUGCUGAUUCUUUCUUAGCUGUAACGAUUUUCUUCUGUUUAGCUGCUGUCUAUUUUCAUACCCUGUCAUUUAUUGCAAUGAUUAUUGCUGGUAAAGAAAUAUAUAUAUAUAUAUAUAUGAAUAUGAAAUCUUUAUAUACAUAUUUAUACGUAUCAUUUUUAGGCAUUUUCUUGGCAUGGACUACAGUCAUUGGCCAUAAUUAUUUUCACAUGAGAGAUAACUUUCGUAUGUAUUACUUUGAUCUUAGUUUAAUGUCAUCCAAAGAUUGGCGAAUUACACAUUCUAUGAGUCACCAUCUCUAUCCAAAUACUAUUUGGGAUUACGAAAUCUAUGUUGCUGAACCGUUUCUGAAAUGGUUACCAGAUGCAGAUAAGAAUAUUUUCAUGAGUUUUAUUGCCCAAAUUUCUAGUCCUAUUAUUUAUACAUUGACAUUCUGUCAACAAGGAGUCAAAAGGUAAUUAGAAUCCUAUAUUAUCAAAUAACUCUUAUAAUAUCAUUUUUUUCAUAGGUAUUACUCAGUGAUAUGGGAAUACGGAACUGUGGAAGUUAGAGACAUAGUACCUUUCAUUCUUCCAACUGCUAUGUCGUUUGUUGCACCAAAUAUAUUCGUUGCUUUUAAAACAUGGCUAAUAAUCAUUUUGAUAAGUAGUUUUAUAUUUAGUUUUAUCGGAUUUAAUGCUGCUCAUCAUCAUCCAAAUAUAUUUCACGAUGGAGACAUUUAUAGAGAAAACUUGGAUUGGGGUCUACUCGAAUUGGAUGCUGUUAGAGAACGCGAAAUUAUCGACGAUGAUCCAAUCUUGGUGUUAACCAAUUUUGGCUCUCAUGGACUGCAUCAUUUGUUACCGUCAGUCGAUCAUUCGUAUCUACCUUUGGCUAUGCCAGCUUUUCUACAAACUUGUAAAGAAUUUGGUGUAAGUACCGAAAGAUUGACACAAUGGGAACUUACAAAAGGACAAUUCCAACAAUUGGCUCGUGUAAAGUGUAAAAAGAAUCAUAGAUAAUGUUUUAAUUGAUUCAAUGAUAAUAGGUAUAAAUUUAAUUUUUUUCCAAAAUAAUCAUUAAGUAUUAGUCGAUAUUGUAGAUUACAAUAAGUACUGUCGGCAACUUAUCAACGAUUUGAACAAGUUCCGUCGGUAUUUUUAUUAUCGAAGAUAUUUCUGUCGUUGUGUAAUAAAUUUUCUGUAACAAAUAAUUAAAUCUUUAAAUAAAAAAAUCUUUCACAAUCGA